GGUGAUGAACUACUCCCCUGACCUGGACCGUGCCGUGAUAGAUGACGCCUUCAAGCGGGCGUUCAAAGUGUGGAGCGACGUGACCCCCCUCACCUUCACUCAGAUAUACAGCGGCGAGGCAGACAUCAUGAUCAUGUUCGGCAGCCAAGAGCACGGGGACGGGUACCCCUUCGACGGCAAGGAUGGGCUCUUGGCCCACGCCUUUCCCCCAGGCCGAGGGGUCCAGGGCGAUGCCCACUUCGAUGACGAUGAGCUCUGGACACUGGGAACCGGCUUAGUGGUGAAGACCCGCCACGGGAAUGCCAACGGGGCCGACUGCCACUUCCCCUUCGUCUUCGAGGGCCGCUCCUACUCCCGGGGCAGCCCCUCCACCACCGAGGAGGAAGAGGAGACGCUGGAGCCCACGGUCGAGCCCAUUCCUGUGGACCCCAGCCGGGAUGCCUGCAUGGAGAAGAACUUCGACGCCAUCACAGAGAUCAACGGGGAGCUGCAUUUCUUCAAGGAUGGGAAAUACUGGACCCGCUCGUCCUUCUGGAAGUCGGGCAUCCAGGGUGCCUUCUCCGUCGCAGACACCUGGCCCGGCCUCCCGGCUGUCAUCGAUGCCGCUUUCCAGGACGUGCUCACCAAGAGGGUCUUCUUCUUUGCCGGUCGGCAGUUCUGGGUGUUUUCUGGCAAAAGCAUGCUGGGCCCCCGGGGGAUUGAGAAGCUGGGCAUCAGGAAGGAAGCUGGCCGCAUCUCGGGGGCCCUGCAGCGGGGCCGUGGCAAAGUGCUGCUCUUCAGUGGGGAGAGUUACUGGGGGCUGGACGUGAAGGUCCAGAGGGUGGACAAGGGCUACCCCCGCGCCACCGACGAUGUCUUCACCGGUGUCCCCCUCGAUGCGCACAAUGUCUUCCUCUACCAAGGUGAGUGGGGACCUG